GAGUGGAAAAGAGGGGUGGUGCGAGGGGCGGAGCGGGGCUUCUGCGGAGGACAACGGACGGUCUCCUGCAGCAGGUCUGACUUCUACCAAAAUGAGCGGCCUGGAUGAGGGCGACAAUCUCCCUGUCGCUGAAACCUGCGGCCCCGCUACUCCCGACCAUGCCCCGGGACAUCCGGACCCAAAGCAGUGUCAGGGCGAGGAAAGCGAGGCGACCCUGGUGAUGGCGGACUCAGGUGAGAGCGGCUUGCAGAGCGCUGCAGAGGGAGGUGAACCCCGGGACCCCGCGGGCUGUGGCCUUGCGCUCCGCGUUCGAGUUGCUGGGAAUCGCAGCCGUGUAGCGACCAAAGCCGGCCAGAAAGAGGCUCCUGCUUCUACGGAGGGUCUGGAAGCAGCCUGUGCCUCCGCCUCCAUAGCAGCUGACAGUAGCCAGGAAAAUGGCUGUCAGCGUAGAGAGCUGCGCAUCCCUGCUGUGGAGAAGGCUCUAGAAGCCUGUGGCGCAGAGCGUUUGGGGUCUCAGAUGAUACCUGGGGCCAAGGCCAAGGAAAUGAUGAUGAAAAAGGGCACUGUUUCAGCGGCGGCUGAAAAGGAGGGAGUAGCAGAGGAGGUGGUAGAGGAAAAGAAGGUGAUGCUGAAGGAUAAAAAAGUGGUAGGAGGAGCGAAAGAGGAGACCCGGGCCAGGGCCCCGAAGAUAAAUAACUGCAUGGAUUCUUUGGAGGCCAUCGAUCAGGAGCUGUCAAAUGUAAAUGCCCAGGCUGACAGGGCCUUCCUUCAGCUGGAGCGCAAGUUUGGCCGUAUGCGAAGGCUCCAUAUGCAGCGCAGAAGUUUCAUUAUCCAGAAUAUCCCAGGUUUCUGGGUCACUGCGUUUCGCAACCACCCCCAGCUGUCACCUAUGAUCAGUGGCCAAGAUGAAGACAUGAUGAGGUACAUGAUCAAUUUGGAAGUGGAGGAGCUUAAACACCCCAGAGCAGGCUGCAAGUUCAAGUUCAUCUUUCAGAGCAACCCCUACUUCCGAAAUGAGGGGCUCGUCAAAGAAUAUGAGCGCAGAUCCUCUGGCCGGGUGGUCUCUCUUUCCACUCCAAUCCGCUGGCACCGGGGCCAAGACCCCCAGUCCCAUAUCCACAGGAACCGGGAAGGCAACACUAUCCCCAGUUUCUUCAACUGGUUCUCAGACCACAGCCUCCUGGAAUUCGACAGGAUUGCAGAGAUUAUCAAAGCAGAACUGUGGCCCAACCCCCUCCAGUACUACCUGAUGGGUGAUGGCCCCCGCAGGGGAUUUCGAGACCCAGUCAGGCAGCCAGUGGAGAGCCCCAGGACCUUCAGGUUCCAGUCCGGCUAACUCCUGCCCUUGGGAGAAGCUCCUGCACAAGUUUCCUUACCACCUCCUCUUGGACCUGUGCUUAGCCAACAGCAUGCAGUCUUCCAUUUACUUUCUCUUCACACUGGAUUAUUUUGCCCUCUGGUCCUUCUAAAUACUCAACAGUCAGUGGCAAGAUAGUUGCUUAUAUGCCUAUGCUCUUCUUCCUCUGGGCCUUCCUGCUGUUCAGCAUCGUGUUACAUGUUCCAAGUGCACGGCCUUCUACUGCUUCUGUGCCAAGCACACAACACUGUAGAUAUGCACUGCCUUCUCUUGCAUGUCCUGGGCCCUGUCUAUGACUGUGUCCUUCUCCCAGUUGUUAAAGUGGUUAUCUACCGCAAAGAAGCUUGAUAUACCUUUGCAAAUACUUAACUGGGCUUCAUACUUUAUGCUGGCUAUCCUCCUGAUACCCACGUACUCUGUGGCAAGAUUGUUGAGUUUCACUGCUGCAAGAUGAAGCUGAUAUAGUUGAUGCCAGCCAUCAACUCAAAACUGAACAUUCUAGGCUACCAGUAACCGGUUUUCAACUGUCCUCCUGGGCCCAUGCCAUCCACCCUGCCAGUUAUGUUGCAGAAUAAGCAUUUGGCUGGGGGAUGGCUCCUAGGCAUGAGUGAGGUAACAGAUGAAACGUGUUCUGUGUUAUCAUGUUGGUCUUCUGAAUGCCUUUGGUCACUCUGCGUUGUGACCAGGUGCUGGUGAGUAUGAAGGUCUGUGAUACGGCUCACCCUAAUCUGCUCUUAGACUUCUGGAUGAGCUUUGUACAGGCACUAGUGUCUGCCUCUUCAGGAACUAUCUGUAGAGUUAAGCUGCUGGGCGGUUCACAGGAACCAGUCCCUUCCCUACCCAUCGAAUAGCUACCCCUAAACCCAGUUGGCUCUCAGGCAGGUUGGGCAGUCAUAAUGCCACAGUGCCCAAAGCCAAGCUUGGGGGAUCCGGUGUCCCUUCUGACAGCCCUUUGAGCCUUAGCCAACAAGCCACCCUUAAUCCAGGUAACUUAAUUAGGCGUCCCCCUCCCAACCCCUCCUGCAUCCUUUCUGAAUAUGACAAAGUUACCAGGGUAGGGGCACCAAGGAGGAGGUAUUUCAGGUCUGUGGGGUCUGUUACAUCUGUCUUUGUCGCCCUCCCUCCUUCCCUCCUUUCCUCUUCCUCCUUUCCGAAGCAGUUACAGCUCAGAAACAGAAAACUGGCAAAGCAGGCUUUUUGUUUAAUUUGCUCGCCCUUUGUUGUGUCCAGAAGGAGAAGGGUACUGUUCACAGGACUCCAGGUCUCUUACGCCCUCUUCUGCCCUUUACCUUCACCCUGCUUCCUUUAGCCAAAUUUAUAAACAUUUCAGAGGGUAACCUGCAGGUGAAUUGCCUACUUAUGGGCAUUGUUCUUUGGGGCCUACUCUUGACAACCCCAUCCUCUUCCAUAUCCAUUCACAAAGACCUUCCGUGUGUUUCUUGAACUUUAGUCUGGGAAACUGAGAAGAGAGACAGAAGGGCCUCGCAGUGGCUUCAAGACAGAUGCAGAGCAUGUCGUGAUCCAAGGCAAUCAAAAUUUAGUUCACUCGACUUUUCUAAGCAUGGAAAUUCAUUCUGGGGACUUGGACCACUUAGAAGUAACCCCAGGGCAGCAUUUUGAGGGUCACUCCUGUCCUCUGUUACCACCCUGAUGUCCCCUGGGCCUCCAUCCUACUGCCGGGCCUUCUUGGCUCUCAGUCACCAACUUCUGCAUUUCCUUCCCUGCUUCUGACCUAACAUGACGGAGUAGGCUGCAGUCUGCAUUGCGGGGCUGCCAAGCCUCCUUGCUGCGGUGUAAGGGGAUUGGGAUGUGGGGACAGAGAGCAGUGGGGAGGGUGUCCUAGGCUGUGGAAACUGAAAGCCCAGCGAACAGAUGAGCUUGCUGUGCAUUGGGCUGGGGAAGGCAGACAGCAAAGAUUGGCACCCUGCAGGGUCAGGGCUGGGAGGGGAGGCCCCUGAGGUUUUUCCCAAGAGCAGUGGGAGAAUGAGUGAUUGAUGUUUUAAAGAGGAUGUUGGAUGGGUUAGGUUUUCUCCAGUUUUUCCUAAAGCCUUGAAAUCACCGGUAGAUUUUUGUACACACAAGUGCAAGUCUGAGUGUUUUCUAUUACUCUAGAACAUACGUGAAUGAUUAAUGAUACAUGCUCCUUAUUUUACUGUGUUUGAGUAAAGUCCUAUUAAUCCUUUCUCCAUUUUUGCUUGCUGGCAAAAUUAACAUUUACAGGCCUGCUUUGUGCUUGUAAUUCAGAAUGUGUGCAAAAAUAUCAAGCUUGUUUCCUGUGUAGUAUGAAGACAUCUGUGAAUAUUUAUUAAUAUAUCAGCUUGUUCUGGUCUCUCUUCUUAUAUAGCUCUAUUCUUAGAAAUAUAAUUUGAAUGUGAUCUUUGGAAUUUUCCAAAUUGUUGCUGUCUUGUGAAGGUAUUCUCAAACGGAAAAACAUAACUCUGUUGUUUUGAUAUUUCUUACCCUGGAACUGUUGUACUUGACAUCUAUGUUCCUAACCAGUGUAAGUAUUUAUAGAAUUGCUCUGUCAAACUAAACAAAGAUAGUUAGUACUUUAGUAUUCUCCCAUGUGCUUGAAGGAAAAAUAAGUAUGUUACUCUUCUGCUGUAGUUGUUUUCACCAAAAAAUAAAAAUAAAUAAAGUUCUGUC